CCCUCCCUGGCUCCCUUGCUCUCAGCUCAAGCAAAGGAUAAAGUGGGAGAGGAGGCAAAGGUCCUCCGAUCCUCUCUUCUUUGAGUGGUCGUAAACGAAACAAGAAUACACAUUCCAAACACAGAAAAGAAACCCAAAACCCGAAACCCCCAUCCAACCUCAUUCCUACUCCAAUUUCCAAUGGCGACUCCAGUAAAAGUGUACGGACCAGCCAUGUCCACAGCUGUGUCCAGGGUCCUAGCCUGUCUCCUUGAGAAAAACGUCGACUUCCAGCUCAUCCCCGUUAACAUGUCGAAGGGGGAGCACAAGAAGCCUGACUUCCUCAAGAUCCAGCCCUUUGGCCAAGUACCAGCAUUUGAAGACGACGGCAUAUCCCUCUUUGAGUCUCGGGCGAUAUGCCGAUACAUUUGUGAGAAGUACGCGGACCAAGGAAACAAAGGACUAUACGGGACGAACCCACUGGCAAAAGCAUCCAUAGACCAGUGGCUAGAGGCGGAAGGGCAGAGCUUCAGCCCACCAAGCUCGGCUUUGGUGUUUCAGCUUGCGUUCGCGCCGCGAAUGAAGAUCAAGCAAGACCAGGUGGCGAUCAAGCAGAACGAGGAAAAGCUGUCCAAGGUGCUGGACGUGUACGAGAAGAGGCUGCAGGAGACCCGGUUCUUGGCCGGCGAAGAAUUCUCUUUGGCCGAUCUUUCUCACUUGCCCAACGCGCAGUACUUGGUGAGCGCCACUGAUAGGGGUGAGCUCUUCACUUCCAGAGACAAUGUGGGUAGGUGGUGGGACGAGAUUUCUAGCCGAGACUCGUGGAAGAAGGUGGUUGAUAUGCAGCAGAAGAAGACCAGUGCUUGAAAUUUGGUUGGUGCUUUUGCCUUUUGGUCCCUUUUUUUCCUGAGUUUCAGUGAUGGACCUGAUAGCAUUUCUUGAUAAAUUGCUUCAAAUCAGAGACUUUUCUUCUUUGGGUAUUACUGAAUCAAGAUAUCUAAAUACCAAAUUCAGUUAAAUUGUCGUUUUGCUGAAUUCACGAAGGAUUCUGCCGCCCGUCUAUAUCUUUGUGUUUGGUUAUGAAACUACUAUUCAAAGUUACUAUAAUUGAAACAUAACAUUUCUUCUU